CGAGGACUCCAGCCUGUCGGUUCUCUGCUCCACCCUUCCCUCGAUCCUACAUACUAAAUUGGGAGCCUCUGACGCUCCUACCGGGCUGGACAGGUCACAGGUCAAUAGGAACACCCGCGGUUAUUGCAUGUUCGACGACAUCUGUCAAAUACUUAACCAACACACCAGCUAUCAUGGCGGACGAAGUCGAGCGGCUCGCGAUUGCGCCGUUUAGAGAUAUUGUAGAAAAAGGAAAUGUAGCAAUUGAAAAUGCGGCAAAUGCAGACGAAGAAACAUCGCCGCUUAUGCUCAAGGCAGCGCAGAGCCUAGUGAGGGAGGGCGACCGAGCACUGAAGCGGAUCGAGCCGCUCUGCACUAAGAAUUUCGACGAAUACGGUGUAAACUUUGUCGAUGCGAUCAAAGAGAACGACGAAAUCGCGCAGUACCGAUCCGAACUAGAAGACUUAUUAUGGGACUUUGACGACUAUGUCGAACCCGACGAUUUCGAUCAAAGCAAGUUUGAGGAAUUACAAAAAGCCUCGAGAAAAGCUGCGCCGAAAAUCCUAGAUAUACUGAGACGAAUGAAACUAGUUGCGCCUGCACCUACGUCUGCACCAACGCGAAACUCAGUACGAUCCUCGUCUUCAAGAGGAGCGGCAUCAAGUGCCCCCGAUCAUGCUGAUAAUAAUUCACAUUAUGAACAAAUACCAACAAGUAUUGUCGUCGACCCUCCGGCGUCCUCAUCGACAGAUAAGCUGAUGGAAGAGACAGAGCUGCAACUGAGCAGCAUGAUGGGAGCGGUGGCAGGCCCCGACGAAGGUCUAGACGCAAACCUACCUCCUCGAUCUAUGAGCAGCGGCCUCAACCGAAGCAACUCGCACCGCUCUGAAGUAUCCGAUGUGACCUCGGACCCUCCGCCAAGACCUCCCUCUACUGACCCAUGGCGAGUCGGCUCAGCCCCGCCUGUCAGUCCCAUAGAGCAGCCAGGGGAAGCGGACCGAUGGGAACGUCGCCCCCCCGUACCGAGCGACUCCCCGACAAUUCCCCAAACACAACCGGUCAGUCCUGGUUCUCUUGCGACCCCCUUACGGAUUCGAAGCCGGAUCGACGAGCCUCUGAACCUAGCCCAGAGGGACGAAGAUGACCGGCGAAUGCGCGCGGCUUCACGGAGCCUCGGGACGGCUAGUGAUGGAUCUCGGUCUCCUGGGAAGAGCAAACGUUGGACUAACUCUACGCAGGGUUCAACGUAUAGGUCCUACAGCGGUUUUACUUCCGCCAACCGGUCGCCUGCUAAUGAGGGUUCUGGAUGGCCAGGGCAAUUCCAGGAUCCCUCGGCCAGUCGGUCGCCUUCGGAUACAUCUUCUGUUCUCGGACGCACACCCUCUAUCCCCGAGAACAGUGCGGUCACCACCCAAGGCCCACAAACUAGUCUCCCUCCCAUCCCCAACUUUCCGCCGAGGCAAACUUCGCUGGCGCCGAAACCAACAGGUAGUCGCCGCUCUACUCGCCACCCAUCAACAGAGUCUAUUAACAGCUCUGUUUUUGAUAUAGUCGAUUGUAUGGGUAUUGCGAACCCUAGCUCUUCGGCGGUCACACACAGAAACUCGAUACUAUCGGUAGAACCAGUUAGCCCUGGAGGACAACCGCCAGAGUAUAUCGGCCACCCUCCCGUAUACCAACGCAAUCCCAGCUUGACCUCAUCGAAUUAUGGCUCAAUUAACAACAAUUCAUCAUCUACUCUUACCGUCCGUCCUGGUGGAGUAUUAGGUCAACUUCCCGCAGGUAUGGACUCAGGCUUGAUCCCCGUCGAUAUGGAGGAUGGCUUAACGACGCCAGCACGGGAACCCGAUUGUACUAUAGGACCGUUCAGCUCUUUCUACAAGCUCAAAGGCUUCUGUAAGGGUGCUGAGGAAGUUAUGGCAGGUCGGCUAGGCUUCAAGAAAAUUAAACGACCCGUUGGUGGUUUCUCCAUGGCCGUUGUUGCGAAAUGCAACCACUGUCUAUUUGAGAUCGACUUUAAGUCAGUCGAGCAGGAUCUCAACAACGAUUCCUCUGGAAGUUUCACAUCUAAUUCUAUCGGCUUUCGAUUGCGUAUAUUGCAAAAGAGCCACUUGCAAAUCCGACAUGUGGAGGAACAACUUUACGGAUGCUUAUUCUGUAUCCAACAAGGAAAGACUACUGAAGAAAGCGACUCUACCGUGUUCUUCAACCAAAGUCAGCUAUUUGCUCACAUAGCGCGACAUCCUCGACCACUCCCCCAAAUCCCAGGUCUUACCGUAGUCGAAUCAACCGAUAUCCCACCAGCCUUCAGAGACAACUUUGACCUCCACCUACCACACCCACCUAUGCAAUCCGUCAUGACCGGACUCUCACGCGAGCUUUCUAGAUUACCCUCGGCUGUCGCAACGGAAACGAGGAAGAUCCAAAAUGGAGUUAUGCGCUCGCCCCCUGGUCGAGAACCGGUCCUCCACUACGCAGUCGGGGCCAAGAUAGUCGGAAUCGAGUUCCCUGCCAAGUACGAUGGGAAAUGGGGUAUCGGCUGGCAUGACGGAGUACGAGCCGCAUUCGAAGCCGACUCUGUCCAAAUUGAUGCCCCGCCGAAGAACGAAAUUAAGAUGCAGGGCACGAGCAACGUCCAAGCUGUAGCUCGAUGGAAGUGGAGUCAGAAAGGCGACGAGAAGUGGCUGAAGUUCGACAAGGGGGAUAUCAUUAAAAACAUUGGCUGGGCUUAUACGGACCACUGGUGCUGGUCUGGCACUACAUCAAAGGGCUGGGGAAUAUUUCCGCAGUCUCACCUCGAUCCCAAUUCGAUCAGGACUGUCCAACCUGGAGAUACAGCUAGCGUGUCGAGCUGGGAAAAGAAGGGACCGCUACGAUUCCAGCUCUCCUCCCUUCGAAAGAACGCGGACCGGAAAUUGAGUCCGUUCGGUUCAGUGACUCCCACUAGCGAGACGCCGCCCGUGCCUAGUCGAGCGGGUGUGUAUUAGUACUAGCCCACUUCCUCCUAGCUCCCCUUUGGGGUAACGAUAAAGAAACCAUUAAUCCCCCACGUGGGCUCCUUACGGAUUGAGAAUGUAGACAGAUAGCGUCGAUGAACUCGCGCAUCACCAUUGCUUUU